GUAGAAGUAGACACGUUCACGAUUGGCUGGCUGCUGAUUAGUCCAGAGGUUUGUCUUGGCAGCAGAGAGUGACGUGAGGUUCGAGGCCUGAAGCGGGGACGGAGGUGUGGAGGAAGGGAAAGAAAAGAACAAGAAAGUAGUAAGAGAAAAGGAAAGCUCCCCACACUCGGACGGCCAUUCGCAGGAUGAUCUCCCUUGCCCUCUUCCCUCCACCUACCUGUGGUGAAACUCUGUAUGAGCUCAACAACGAAUUGGUCACUGGCACAAAGUCCGAUGAAGACUUACACAACUUCCACACACAGGUUCUUGGAUUUGCCCCGGUGACCAUCCAUAGGGAGUGCCUGAAACCUCACGGCCGGUCUGAGCACAGUGCCAAGGCAGCAUUCCUCUCCCACAGUGAGCCGGUGUGGAAACGCAGCGCCAAUGCCUGGCACGAUUCUGGAAUCUAUGAACUUCUGGAGGAGGUGAACAGAUCUGCUGAUGAAGUGCCGCAUGUGUUGAGGACGGUGUCUGGGUUUGCUCUGACCCUCUGCCACUGGGUAUCAUCGCUCUACGGGUCACUGUCUCCCCACCUCAGGCUGAGCACCGAGGAACUUCUUGCACAGUUCACACAGGUCACUGAUUGGAAGGAGGGUUGUCUCCGUGCCUUCGCCUGGCACCCCCACACUAACAAAUGCGCCCUCGCACUUCUUGAUGACUCCAUACGCAUCUAUAGGGCCGGCAGUGACACAGUGCCUACGCUCAAGCACCGGCUGCAGAGGAGUGUGGCGUGUGUGUCCUGGAAGCCUCUCUGUGCCUCAGUCCUGGCUGCCGGCUGUGAGAGUGGCGUGCUGGUGUGGAACGUGGACCCCAACUCCCUUUCUACCAGACCCUCAUCAGGUUGUGCCCAAGUUCUCUCCCAUCCCGGACACAGCCCUGUUACUUCCAUAGCCUGGUGCCCACGGGGAGACCUAUUGGUCACCGCUUCGCCCUUGGACACCUCCAUGUUGGUGUGGGAUGUUGCCACAGAAAGCUGUGUCCCCCUGCAGCGGGUUGGAGGAGGGGGUGUCACCUUCUUGGCCUGGUCCCCUGACAGCAGCAGGAUCCUGGCUGCCACCCCCUCUGCUGUUUUCAGGGUGUGGGAGACUCGGACAUGGACCUGUGACCGAUGGCCCACACUGAAGGGCAGGUGUCAGACUGGGUGUUGGAGCCCAGAUGGCAGCCGCUUGCUCUUCACAGUGGAGGGCGAAUCGGUCAUCUAUCUGCUGACCUUUGUGGACACCGGUGAGAUGCUGGGAGCCGGAGGAAGCUCCAAGAUGGCCUCGAUCUGCGCGGAUCUGUCCAGGACCACACUAGAAGACGAGAUCAGUGUCGGUGGGGAGGUGCAGACAAUGGUUUGGGACCCCAGUGGAGAGCGGCUAGCUGUCCUUCUUAAAGGUGAUCCAUUGAGUCCAUGCUGUCGACCAACCAUCGCUGUGUUCAGGACCCGCAUCAGACCUGUGUUUGAGCUCUUGCCGUGUGGCUUCAUUCAUAACGACAGUGACUCCUUCCCACAGUUCAUCAGUUUCCACCCCAACUUUGCAAAAGGAGCUCUGCUGACCGUGGGCUGGUCGUCAGGAAGGAUCUCCCAUAUCCCUUUUUAUUUCGUCAAAGCCCAGUCGUAUCAGACCGGCUCUGUAUGCGGUGCAAUCCUGGGCAGUGCCCAGCCUCACAGUCCCACUGACCUCUUUUCUGAGCUGUAAGUCCUGCCCCCCCCCCCACGAUUCCCUACCUCUGCACCCCUCCACCCCUACCUCUACAACUCCUCUCCUACAUCCCUUCCCCUCCCUCAGCGUGUUCUGGGCUGUGCCCAUCCCCGCAAUCCAUCUGACCUCUUGAAUUAUCCCCCCCUUACACCUCCCCUGCUCUCCUCCCUUACCCCAUCCUACCCCCCCCCCCCCCAUUCUCUCCAGCCCCUCGUCCCCGCCUGUACUGUGAGUUUAGCUGGAGCACCUGGUGGGGAGAAGGAGGGAGCAUCCUGUACACCAACGCUGUGAAAUAAAACUCGUCUAA